GAAUAAAUGUAAAAUUUCAGGCCGACGUUGUAAGUGCAGCAUCAACUCUGGGACUUUUUGGCCAGGUGUACGACGCUAGCUGUCUAUCUAACUACACUGAAAUACUUUGUUCAUACGAGGAAGGCACGAUAAAGUACACUCCUGCAUCAAUUUAUAUUUACCCCUCAAAUGGAAUCCGAGGACCUCAACCAAGCAUAUCUCUCCUUCACCUAUAUUCAAGAUCGUAUCCAACCACUGCCACCUAUACCAGAUACGACACAAGUACGUCAACGGGAAGUUAAUCAUUUGAGAGUUCAAUCUGAAAUGGAUUCUUCAACUCCACGAAGCGGUUGGUCUGUCCAUGGACUUCAAAGUGCAUGGGGAAACAUCGGGGCUAGUAGUGAUCCAAGUGAUUCUCCAACGAGUGUUGAAUGGCGAGAGAGUUCUACUCCUGCUGCUAGAAUACAAGAUUCGACGACUCAGAGAUGGACUUCUACAGUGGAUGAUCGAACCUUUAUGGGGGAUUGGAACUUUGCUACUCAAGGUGACCAAACCGAAACCAAUACCAACACAUCUUCAUACCCUCAUCCAGAUUUAUCACUACCCCAUCCAAACCUAAAUCUCGAUUUCCGUAUGUCGGUUUCCCUGAACCCUCGUAUUUCGGUUGGCCAAACACCAUUUGGACAUCGAAAUUGGAUAUCAUUCACAGGGGGUGUGUGGUCUGGAUCAUGGGGGUCAGGAAUCGUAUUACCCGGAGGCCAAGAUAGCCAACUGAUAAUACCCGACGGAUCAGCCCGGCUCGAAACUAAUUAUUUACUCCAAACUCAUGAUGAUCCUCCAGCACAUAUUGCCAUCAAAACGCAUGGUUGGAGAACGGGUACUCCUGAAGUAUUAGCUCGGCUAGCGGACCCUGCAUUAGCUGAUCAAGUUGACCCGAAUAGUUAUAGAUUUAGGCUGUUUAUUGAGAUGGAGACAGGUGAUGAAAGAUAUUGUUCAAAGGUCAAUUGUGGAAUGUGGGUGGGUAGUGGAAUGAGAAAGGGGGCAGAGGUAAUCUAUGAGUAAGUGGUCAUUAUUCAAACUUGGCCCUCGAUGCAACUGACAAUGUUGAUGUAGUGCAUAUCGAGUAUUAUAAGACUAGGUCGCAGAGCUCAUAGAAGAGGAAGUAGUGGUUGGUGAAAACACA